AUGAAAAUUGUUGUAUACUCAUUAAAUAUUAGGGGCCGGCCCGCGGCCCCAUACCGGGCGACAUCCAGAACAAAGUGGGACCUGCCCCAUGGGGCCGAAUCUGAUCUAAGUAAUAGAGAACGUGAUUUGCUCUAUCACAUCUGCGUUGACGUGAUGACGAUCUGGACAGUCUUGGAGGGAACCAUUCCUCCCAUCCUCCGUACUGGCGCACUCAUCUGCAUGGCUUGGCCCAACCGCAUGAGUUCAUCCGUCUUUGGCCCCGACCAUCGAAUGGCCACAGUAUCACCAAGCCCUAUCUUAAUCCUCGACUCGGACUCCCAGCUACCCCAUCUCGGCACAGAUACCAGCCCCGAGCGUCCAAUCUCCGACCCCGAAUACCAGACGUACGGCGAUAUCUCGAUGGAUGCCGCCAUCUCGGGCUUUCCAGGCUCGGAUUUACUAGACUUCACCCAGGCCUUUAUCGACGCGGACGCUUCCUGGGCGCAGAACAAUGACGAGCAGGAAGAAAGAAACAACCCGACGACGACUCUCGGACUGGACAGCCAUGAUCCCGCUCCUCUGCCAUUGCGCGAGGAGGCAGUCCCCCCAGUAAGCGCCUAUCACUCUCUACCCUGUUCGCGCCGGCGUAAAUCCAACAACCAGGGCCGGAUAAACUGUGCCCCAAAGCCCAACGAGAACUGGAACGAAAGACUGUCGGAUAUCAGUGCGGGUCUUCUCCAAGACUUGACUCUUCUUGACUCUGGAAAAGUGGCCGGCACACUUCUCUUCGCUACCACUCGCCAGCAGACGACCAUGAAUACUAGCGAGACCGGAUCACACCAGUAUCUGAUUGAACAUAUGCUCAACAGCUCCGAAGAGCUGCUCCGCACCCUCCGAGAGUUUAAACUCUCGCGACCCCGCAGCCGAAGUGGGACAGACCAACCUUCACGAGAAACUAACCGAGGCCUCUCGCCGGCCUCCCUGACGGAUCGGCAUGCGCCGACGCCGAGUUCGCGUAACACGAGUGACGGCUCCCCGGCUCCUGCUCCAACUUCUCCCACCGCGUCUAGUCAUCCGUCCAAGCGUUCUUCAGACGAGUCCGAGACCGUGGAUCCGAUCCUGACCAUGCUCAUGCUGACCUGUUAUAUCAGCCUUCUGCGCGUCUACCGGGAAGUCUUCUCGCUGAUACGGGACUCUAUUGCGGAGACAGCCACCAUGGUGGAAUCCAACUUCCUUCCCACGCUGCCCAGCAUCCACAUCGACGGGUUGGAUGUUGCGCAACGACGGGAUCUUCAGAUCCGGAUCCUGCUCCAGGCGAGCGCGCAUCUUAUUAGACAAAUUGAUGAGUGUAUGUGUGCGAUCCGGCUCGAUAUGCACGGCGGCCUUACGCGGAGACUAUUUGAUAUUGUGUUAGAUGUGCCCGAGGCGGGCGGUGGUGGUGAUGUGGGAAACAUGAAAAAGUCCCUCGCUCAAAUUGUGAGAGCGAUCAACCUCAAGCUGGGGAACACUUGGGAAUUUUGA